AAUCUUUGUUGUUUUUUUUUUUUCGUGUGACUACUUCGUACCUCUGUGAAACAGUUUAUGUGUGUUGACCUAGAAACAGGCCUGUCUGACAACUGUGUGUUGUUAUUUUACGUGUACAUGUUUAAUUUUUUUCACGCUUAUUCGUGUUGGAAGUAAACAACUGAUGUUUUAAAUGAUAUCGUUAUAAAACGAAUUGAAUCUUUAAUUGUGCUGGUAUUAGAACAAUGAUGGAGUUACGUGUAUAUUCGUGGAUUAUUGUGUUUUUACUGUCAACGUACGUGGCAACGUCUAAAGAAUUAACCUGUGAAGACUUUCACUGUCGGAAUAAUGAAUGUUCGGAGAGUGGGGAAUGUUUACAAGGAUGUAUGGACGGAUUUAUAGUUGAUGAUGAAGGACAUUGUGUCGAGGGUUGCACCGGAAAUUGCUCAAUAUGCGACAACGGGAUAUGUCGGGACUGUCGAAGUGGGUAUUUUGGUUUACUUUGCUCACAGUUAUGCUCAGGAUGUCAAAACGGUUCAUGUGAGAAAUACGAUGGAAAGUGUGUCAAUGGUUGUCGAGAAGGUUUUAAAAACCCUCCCUUUUGUGAUGUUACGGACGCAGCAUACAACAAGAAACAAAUGGAUGAUGAGGAGGAAAGAGUGCGUGGGUUUUUCAUUUGGAUAGCAGGGACUAUUAUUCUUUCAAUAAUAUUUGCUAUUAUCAUCAUGAUUGUUGCGGUAGUUCUACAACGAUCUAGAACUCCAGAUGAGCCAUCCGCUGAACGGUUAUAUAGAGAGGGGAAUGAUGUAACUGAGAUUGUAUAAAGUUCAAUCAGCAUUACACGUAUAAUAUGUAAAUAAUAUAACGUGAUUGUAAAGAAAAAUAUCAAAAUAAUACUACCCUUCAGUAUUAAAUUAUGCAAUGUACAUCAGGGAGUUCUGAUUCAGAAAGGAACAGCAAAGUUUUCGUAUACAUAGAGAUAAAUAUAUACUAUUUUGACACUGGACAGCAUUAGUUUAAUCUUACAACAUUGAGUUCAUCAUAAUAGUAUAUGACUUUCAUGAUAAAAG